AUGUCAUCAUUUGAGGUUGGUAGAAGUGACAUCCUAUUGUCACCACCUGUCAAUGAUGAAGAGGAUGGUGAGAUUUCAUCUCACCCUGAUGUGGAGUUCAAUGAAGUUGACAUGGUCAAUCCAAAUCUGAAGCUUAGAAUGAAGUUCGCUAACAUUCAACUAUUUAGAGAAGCUGUUAAGCAAUACAAUGUGAGAAGAGGAAAUGACAUAAGGUUUGAGAAAAAUGAAAGAGUCAAGUGUGUAGCAGUGUGUAGAGGUACAGGUUGUGGUUAUGAAGUGUAUGGUAGACAGAUGGCGACUGAGGCAUCAUUCGAAAUAAGGUCCUUAAGACCUAAACAUUCUUGUACUCGAGUAUACAAGAGCUCAAUUGUCAAUUUGAGGUGGAUAACAGAUAAACUUUAUGAUAAGUUUAAGGUUCAACUAGACAUGCCACUGCGAGUGAUACAAGAUGAAGUCAAGAGGAAAUGGAAUGUUGAAGUCAGCAAGAGUCAAAUAUAUAAGAGUAGGAAGAUGAUAGAAAAGAAGAUAUACAGUGGUCUGAGUGAACAGUAUGGCAGGUUGUGGGAUUACUGUGAGACUUUAAGGCGUACUAACCCGGGUAGCUGUGUAAUGACGAAGGUUGAAAGAACAAACCCUAAUUUACCUGCUAAGUUUCAGAGACUCUACUUGUCCCUUGCAGCCAUGAAGAAAGGGUUCUUGGAAGGUUGUAAGCCUGUCAUAGGCCUAGACGGGUGCUUUCUUAAAGGACCCUACAAGGGAAUACUACUGGCUGCAAUUCGUCGAGAUGCCAACAACAACAUGUACCCAAUUGCAAUCGCCGUUGUAGAAUAUGAGACAAAAGACAGUUGUACUUGGUUCCUGGAGUGCCUUGUUUCAGAUCUUGGACAUCAUGAGAGGCACACUGCUCCUACAUUCAUUUCUGAUCGGCAAAAUAUGGAAGAGAUUAAGAAAGCCAGUCCUGAUGCUUUUGACUACCUAGACAAGAUUGACCCCAGCGGAUGGUCAAGAGCAUGGUUCAGCGACUAUCCUAAAUGUGACUUCCUUGUCAACAUGCAAUAUAUGCGCGAGUGUUUCAACUCAUACAUCUUGAAGGCACGUGACAAGCCAAUUCUAACAAUUUUUGAGAUGAGUAAGAAGCAACUCAUGAGAAGGUACCAACUUAAAAGAGAUGACAUUAACAAAUUGAAGGGCAAGUUGUGCCCUAGAAUUGUUGAGAAGCUUGAGGACAUUGGUGAGGAUGCAUCGAACUGCCUAUCCUGUUUUGUUGGUGAUAGCAUAUUUGAAGUAGAGCAGGGAAGAAGGCAAUAUGUUAUGGAUUUGAGGAGGAGGACAUGUGGUUGCAGAAAGUGGGAGGUGACUGGGAUUCCAUGUGCACAUGCACAUUCUGCCAUUACAUUUCAUAGGCAUAAACCGGAAGAUGUAGAUCCAUGUUAUAGCAUUGAGAUGUACAAGAAGGCUUAUGCUCCUAUCGUAUAUCCAAUGCCUAGUGAGGAACAGUGGGUAAAUACUGCGCAUGAUGUAUUGGAUCCACCUAGAUUGAGAUCAAUGCCAGGAAGACCUCGAAAGGCCAGAGUAAGAGGUCUUGAUGUGUCGAGAGUUCCUCAGAAUCCUUAUAGAAUGAGAAAGUUUGGAUUGAAGGGUAGAUGUGGGCUUUGCAAGCUGGUUGGACACAACAGCAGGACCUGUCCAAAGAAGAAGGAGCAUGCAUCUAAUUAUAGGCAGCCCUCGACAAAGUUGAUUUGCCUACUCCACUCCCAGCUAGUUUGCCUACUCCACCCCCAACAAGUGUAA